AUGAAAUUCACCGCAGGGAUCAUUGCGGCGCUUGCGAGCUGCACCGCUGCGGCGACAACUACCGGACAAGCUUUCACGUUCCCCCGCGAUGAGUCCGCCUCGACAGCCUCGCUCGACCGCAGCCUAGCCAGACUCGUGUUCCUCCAGCGCCUGGCCAAGCCUGGCGAGGGUCCAACCAUCAAAGACAUCCCCGAAAACAUCAGCGCCGACGAUGCUGUUAACACAUUGAACAAAUUUGUUUCUUCCAGAGAUGGACUAUUUACCGCCGGGCCUGUGGCUAAGCGGCUACUUGUUAUGGUUGACGGCAUGACUGCGCAACAAAUCAAGGACGCAGGGAAAGCCCUCGGUCAGGAUGCGACUUUUACGAUAGACGAUCUGCCAUCAUCCACGGCCAAUCACGAUUUAUUCGAAAUCGAUGCAUACAACGCAGGGGCGACGACACAACACAGUUGCUCUCUGGGCGAGAUCGUUCAAAUGAAGAAUGGCCAGUGCUGGAGCGAAUCGUCUACUGCUGCCAGAUACAACGUCGCAGAGAAGCCAGACUCGAUGAAUAGCAUCCUCGAUGCUCUGCGAUCUAUCCCCAAGCUUACCGAGGCCGGGAAACUCGAAGCGACCGUUGUACUCCUGCCUGAAACGAGCGAUAACGCGAAGCCUUCGUGGUCUGAUAAGCCCCAAGAGCUCCGCCGUCGACAAGCUGAGCAGGUCAUCUCCUCCAACCACAAGGCAGCUCCUGUGAGCGUCACUCACCUCGCCGCAAGUUCCUCGACGUCACUCCCGCAUAAGAUCAUUCCCUCGUGCUUCAGCUCCAAUGAGAGCUGUAUCGCUAGUACAGACAACUGCUCGGGUCACGGAUCUUGCGUGAACAAAUACGGUGCCAUUCCCGAAAACCCCAAGGAAGGAGACGUUUGUUUUGUAUGCCGUUGCAUACCUACCCAUAACAACAAAAGCGGGCCUACGCACUGGGGCGGUGCUACCUGCGCCAAGCAAGACGUCAGCGUGCCGUUCUGGCUCUUCUUCGGAUUCACCAUUGUUAUCGUUGGCGUUGUCUGGAUGGCCAUUAGCUUGCUUUUCAGCGUUGGGGAGGAGAAGCUCCCCGGUGUCAUUGGUGCUGGCGUAUCCCGCUCAAAGUAG